AUGUCGUCCAGAGUCACUCGCUCGCAAAGGCGCCAACCCGCCAACACCAACGACAAUUCACCGCCCGCACCUCCCCCACCCGCAGCCCUCCCGCCGCCCGCACCAGCUUCUUCACGCAAGAGGAAGACUUCAGCGCGGGAUCCCAGCCCAGACCAACUGGACAACGCAGAACCACAACCGAAACGCGGUGCUCGCAACAAGCGAACCAAAGUCGACGCUCAAGACCCGCCCGCUCCACCUGCAACCAAGGCCAAGAAAGCUAAAGGCAAAGCAGUCAUGUCUUCAUCUGGGUCUGUGCCAGCCGCUCCAACGCCAGAGUAUGCGCUGACUAAAGACAGCCCACCAUCAGAUCCUAUCGACGAGAAGUCGACGCCACAACCCUCGAAACGAUCCAAGAGUGGCCGCAAGAGCAAACCCUCUAGCGCCGCGCAAGACGCCGAUACUCCUUCCACAUCUCGCCGAAGCUCACGAAAGUCGAACAAGGCCGAAGACGAUACAAGCAUGGACGAUGCACCCGCAAACAACGCUGAGGAGGAGACGCGCCAGUCUGGCGAGGACCAUACUAGCGACGACGAGAACGGCGACGAACACGGAGAGCGAUACGAUGACGAUGACGACGACGAUGACGAUGAUCCCUUCACCAGUGGCUUCCUUGGACGCAAUUCACACAGCCUCUCUGCGCUCAGGCAGCUUACUGGCAUGAUGGCGGGCACAACACAGCGCCUGCGGGGCAUCUUGGAUCAACUACGGUCGCCAGACAUGUCCAUACAGCUAAUUGCGUUGCAAGAGCUGUCCGAAGUACUCCUCAUCUCUACCGAAGACAACCUGGCUGGCCAUUUCUCCCCCGAUGCCUAUGUCAAGGAGUUGGUUAGGCUCAUGCAGCCGAACGAGUUCACAAUGGAAGAGAAUCCAGAGCUCAUGUUGCUCGCCUGCCGAUGCUUGGCCAAUUUGAUGGAAGCUCUGCCUCAAGCGACCGCCAACGUCGUUUACGGUGGCGCCGUGCCUGUUCUCUGCUCAAAGUUGCUCGAGAUUAACUUUAUUGACCUGGCAGAGCAAUGUCUGAGCACAUUGGAGAAGAUCUCCGUCGAAUUUCCGGGAGUCAUUGUACGGGAAGGCGGUCUCACAGCGUGCCUGACGUUCCUCGAUUUCUUCGCCACAAGCACCCAGCGAACAGCUGUCACAACAGCCGCCAACUGCUGUCGAAACAUCCCAGAGGAUUCCUUCCCAGUCGUGCGCGAUGUCAUGCCCAUCCUCGAAAACAUCCUGAACAACAACGAUCAGAAAGUCGUAGAGCAAGGCUGCAUCUGUGUAUCAAGGAUCGUUCAGAGCUUCAGACAGCAGGAGAGCAAGCUGGAGGAGCUGGUUAGCCCAGGACUUCUUAAGGCGAUCCUGCGACUUCUACUCCCAGGUAGUACAAACCUCAUUGGGCCCAGUAUUCACACCAUGUUCCUUCAGGUUCUCGCUUAUACGGCAAAGGCGAGCCCACGUCUGUCAGCUGAGCUUUUAAAGACGAACGUGGUCGAUACUCUAUAUCAGAUCCUCACUGGUGUUUCACCUCCUAGCGGCACUGAAGACGUCGCAGCGAAAAUCGACUCGGUGGUCAUCAUGCAAGCUCUGAUUCAUCGGCCCAAGGACCAGGUAUUCGAGACGUUGAAUGUCAUUUGUGAACUGCUCCCUGAUGUCUCAACCGAUGGCCUGACUUACCUUGACGAUCUCUUCGAUGCGGGUUACCCAGGCGACGAUCUUCUUCCGCUCUCAUCUACGAACGAGAAGACUGCGAACGAGAAGCGCGUUGAGCUGCUGGAAGAUUGCAAAGCAGAGGUUAAGCGCUUCGCUGUGAUUCUUCUGCCGACUUUGACAGAUGCUUACUCGAGCACCGUCAACCUCAGUGUUCGGCAGAAGGUGCUCACCGCACAUCUCAAAAUGCUGUCAAAUCUGGACACCGAUAUUCUAGAGGAAGCCCUACGGCCAGUUCCGUACGCUUCGCACUUGGCAUCAAUCUUUACCCAGCAAGAUCAUCCAUCUUUAGUGACCUAUGCAUUGCAGGCUGCUGAACUGCUACUUAAGCGACUGGAGCCCAUUUACCGAUACCAGUUCUAUCGUGAGGGCGUCAUCUCCGAGAUCUCACAACUGGCAAAUCGCCCAUGCAAGGCACUGGAAACCAAGCCUAAGGACUCAAAACCAGCAGUUGAGGUUGAAACGGCAGCUGAAUCAGGCGCUAGCACUGUCUCCUCUGGUGAGCAGGAGGUCGAGCCGCAUUCGAGCGAAGGCGUGGAUGUGGAAAUGCAAUCUGACGAUGGAGAGGACGUGGACCCGGAUGACGAACAAAACGAGAGCAGCCACAACCGGGACGAGGAUGACGACUCGGACUCUUCAUCAUCUUCUGACGAGCGGGAACCACCACCAAUGCCCAACGUCGAAGACAUCAUCACGCUGCGUGCCAAGAAGUUCAUUGAGGCUCACGAGAAGGACUCCGAUAAGCCUAUACGCGACAAAGCUUCGGCGGUCCUAGAUGACCUAAAAUCGCUCGCUGAAAAUAUCAAGGACUGCGUUGCUGAUGGUAACGCAAGCGACUGCAUGACCCUGUUCACUCGGCUGGCUUCUUAUUUCGAAGGUGAUGCUUUGGAGAGCAUUACAAGCUACGAACUCAAGACCUCAAAAAUUGUGGAAGUGUUGUUGGAGCUGUUUUCGACCCCUACAACGAACAAGAAUGUUGAUCCCAGGCCUAUCUUCUUGGAAGCCUUUAUGGGAGGUAGUAGCCAGAGCAAGAUCAAGACCGCGAGCACUGCAUCUCCAGCUACGCCUUUUAGUGUGUUGGUCCACAAGCUCCAAGAUUUGCUCAGUAGGUCUGAACACUUCGACGUGAUCACCGUUCACCAGAACAUGUACGAUAGUCGAGGAAGCGCGACUUCAAUGCUCGCAAAGCAGCUCAGGCUCAAGCUUGUCGCCGAUGACGAGUCAGGCAUUCCAAAGACAUACAGGAACAUCAUGGUUUCCAUUCAUGCCAUCGCAACAUUCAAAGCCUUGGACGACUACCUUCGACCUCGCAUUAGCCUGGCGGAUCGACCACGACCGUCCAAGUCUCGGGACCAGUUUCCCUCUAGGGAUCAAUUUGAGGCCAUGUAUGCUCAAGCUCUGUCUGAAGGACGUGCGCCUCCACCACCGCACACCCCUUCUGGCACAGCAAAUCGUGCUUCGAAGAAGUCUUCACGAUCCAAGGGUGCUCCGACUGAUUCACCCCAACCAGGACCGAGCUCAGCUACCCGAGAGAAGUCCCGGCGAUCCAGUAGGCGUCAACAGAAUCAGCUUCCUCCACCUCCGCCACCACCUCCAGCCAAGGCACAAUCGCAAAGCAGCCAAGAUCCAGUCGAAUGCGCUGAUGAAGCGCAGCUCUCUGACGGAGAUUCCAUGGACGAGGACAGCGCUUUGAAUGCUAUUGUUGACGAGCUGGACGAUGAACUGGACGAGGACAUGCCAGAUCCAUCAGCUGUUAGUGUGGAAGUUGCAUCAACAGGGCAAGCCACUGCUCGGGAAGAGGAUGGCACCAGGAUCGCCACACCGGUGCAAAACACGCCGUUGGCAAAACCACCUGCUGAGAACCGAACACCAUCAUCCCGUUUGUCCGCGCUACUUCAAAGCUCAGCCGCUAUGCGCCAACAGUUGGGCGGUGCGGCAAGUGCGCUUUCAUAUGCUGCCGCUGUGCAAUCAACCCCGCAAGACUGGCACAUCGAGUUUAGCGUGAAUGAUCAGCCACUUUCAAAUGAGACGACAAUCUACCGCGCUGUGCAUUUCAGUCAAGCUCAGCCACAAGAUGGAUCACAUCGCUCUGUUUGGAAUGGCAUUCAUACUAUCAAGUUUAAGCGGGUCCAGGGCCCUCCACCAAGCGAGCCCAGCUCCUUGACACCGCCUCCAGAGUCACGAUCGGAUGUCUCCGGUAUGCCAGCCUCACUUGAUCAACACCCUGUGACGUCUGGUAUCCUGCGAUUGCUAAGUAUACUCCACGGGCUGAACUCGCACCUUGACGACAUUCUGCUCGCGAACAAGGAACAAGUCAAGCUGAAUGCCGAGCCACUCUCACAGUUUGUCAACACGAAGCUUACGGCGAAACUGAACCGUCAGCUGGAAGAGCCUCUCGUGGUAGCGAGUAACUGUCUCCCUAGCUGGAGCGAGGAUCUGGCACGUUUCUACCCAUUCCUGUUCCCAUUCGAGACACGCCAUCUCUUCUUACAGUCCACCUCGUUCGGCUACUCACGGUCGAUGACACGAUGGCAGAACUCGCAGCCCACGAGCGACUCACGUGAUAGUCGACAUAGGGACGAGCGGCCAUUCUUGGGUCGCCUCCAACGCCAGAAGGUCCGCAUUUCUAGAUCCCGGAUCCUGGAAUCUGCGAUGAAAGUGAUGCAGCUCUAUGGACAUUCUGCCAGUGUCCUGGAAGUGGAGUACUUUGAGGAAGUUGGAACCGGUCUAGGGCCAACACUGGAGUUUUACUCCACUGUGUCGCGUGAGUUCUCGAAGAAGAAAUUGAAGCUCUGGCGAGAGAACGAGUCCAACGACAGUGACGAAUAUGCUUUCGGUAAGCGAGGUCUCUACCCGGCUCCUAUGAGCGCUGAGGAAGCGAGCACCGAGAAUGGCGAGAAGCGUCUUGAGCUUUUCAAGAUCUUGGGUAAAUUCGUUGCCCGCUCUAUGCUGGACUCUCGCAUUAUCGACGUCUCUUUCAACCCGACCUUCUUCCGCAUCAGCGACGGCACUAGCGCAGCGGUUGCACCCUCUCUUGGAGCCAUUAAGGCUGUUGAUGAAGAUCUAGCCAAGUCUCUGCUACUCCUCAAGCAGUUUGCCGAUGCGAAGAAGAAGGUCGACAACGACAACAUGAGCGCAACAGCAAAGUCCGCAGCCCUGCAAGACAUAGUCAUCCAAGACUGCCGGGUAGAAGAUCUAGCUCUGGACUUUACACUUCCAGGCUAUGAUUCGAUCGAGCUUAUCCCGAAUGGUGCGGACACACCAGUCACGAUCGAGAAUGUCGACACGUAUGUGGAGAAGGUUAUUGACUUCACGCUUGGCUCCGGUGUACAGCGGCAAGCCGACGCUUUCCGCGCAGGCUUCACAGAGGUCUUCCCAUACUCUGCUCUCAAGGCGUUCACCCCAGAUGAGCUAGUCAUGCUGUUCGGCCGGACAGAUGAGGAUUGGUCGCUAGAGACCCUUAUGGAUUCUAUCAAAGCGGACCAUGGCUACAACCUCGACAGCAAGAGCGUGCGCAACCUACUCGCCACCAUGAGCGAGUUUGAUGCACAGGAGCGUAGAGACUUUUUGCAAUUCAUCACCGGUAGCCCCAAGCUCCCGAUUGGAGGCUUCAAGGCUCUCACGCCAAUGUUUACGGUUGUCUGCAAGCCCAGCGAACCACCCUUCACUUCCGAUGACUACCUGCCUUCUGUCAUGACGUGUGUCAAUUACCUGAAGAUGCCGGAUUACAGCACUGUUGAGAUUUUGCGCGAGAAGCUUAGUGUGGCUAUAAGGGAGGGCCAGGGGGCUUUCCACCUCUCUUAG